AUGAACCAGAACAGGUUCAAUAACAAACCAUUCGAAUCAUCUCAGCAGAUGAUGGAGACACUCAAGCAGAGCCUCUCUAACUUAGCUGCUAUAGUCUCUAAUCUCUCCAAGACCACACAUAGUUUCACGGCUGAAACUAGAUCUUCUAUUCGAAACUUGGAGAUACAGGAUGGUCAGCUGAGCAAGAGGAUCUCAGAGAUCCCUUCAAACACUCUUCCGAGUAACACAGAGGUGAAUCCAAAGGAAGAGUGCAAGGCUCUCAUGGUAGAGGUUGUGACCGAACCUAAAGAGGAGCCUGCUAUAGAGGAGCUCAAGGAAAUCAGAGCUCAUGAAGAGACUGAAACAAUCACCUUGCACGCUCCUUUGCUGAGAGAAGAACCUGAAGAAUACUCUUCUUCAGAAGAUGAUGAAGAGUCUAAGGAAGAGCAAAAUACUCGAUACCUAGCAAUCCUCAGGAAGCUGAAAGCCAACUCCUCUCAUAUAGAGGCGUUAGAAGAGGAAGAUGAACUGGUGAUCCUGGGCAAGGAGUGCAGUGCCUUGGUUCAGAAGAAGCUCCCUCAGAAGCUACUGGAUCCCGGAAGCUUCUUGAUUCCCUGUACUAUAGGGACCAUCACCUUUGAGAAGGUGCUAUGUGACCUUGGCUCAGGCAUCAAUCUGAUGCCUCUGUCUGUAAUGAAGAGGUUAGGAAUUCUAGAGGUGCAAUGUGCCACAAUCUCAUUGGUGAUGGCAGACAAGACCCUAAAUAGGGCAUAUGGUAUGGUGGAGGAUGUCCUAGUAAAGGUUGAGGACCUUUACAUCCCUGUAGACUUUGUAAUUCUAGACACUGGGGAGGACAGAAAUGAAUCCAUCAUCCUUGGAAGGCCUUUCCUAGCCACUACUGAUGUGGAAAGACGAGAGCUAGUCUUGAGACUACAUGAGGAUUGUAUCUUAUUCAAGAUACCCAACUGA